AUGGACUUCGAUGAUGGCGGUAGUGACAGUCAGGAAGGGCGUGACGACUUUCAGUCCCUGACUACAGACUUGGAGCCCUUUGCUUGCGAUCACCCAUUGCUGAAGUUUGGCCAAGUUGGCUACAAUGGACCUGCUGGCUUCAUGUGGGACUUUGCCUAUGUCUAUGACAACCUUCAUGCUUUGGGCGAAAAGAAGCAGAAGUACAAGAUGUUAAAGGAGCUCCAGGAACAAUGCUGUGAAGGGCAACACUUGUCCAGGGAAGAUUUGCAUGUGAAAAAGGAAAGAAGGCGAGGGUGCUUGGCCGUUGAUGCAGUGAGCACAUUGCUUGUCUUGCACUUUUUGCUCGACUUGCUCAACAAAACAAGAACUGAUGCCAAAGCGCUGACUAUGAGAAACUAUUUCAAAGAUGUUGGCAUGCUGGUCACCCAGGAAGCAAGUCGCCACAAUGAUGUGCUGAAGUUUUCAGUUGGUGACUUUCCUAUGCAUGUUCUGCCUACAGGGAAGUUGCAAGGCUUUCGUUUGUGGCUCGGAAGACAUGUUCACAAACAGGUGGUUCAAUUAUGGCUUACACUGUGGAAGUGGAUGGCCAGGGAAGACAAUGGGCCACUUCUGACAUCAGACAUUUCCAGCAACGAUGAUGAGGAGCCUUCCUUGGUGGAUUUACUCAUGUUUUGUGUCAAUUUUAUACAUUCCUACAAGGCGGCCCAUUCGUUUCGACAGCCUCCCCCUUUCUCCACCGAUAGCAUGAGAAAUCUGCAACAAUGCGUUCUCAAGUUUGUGGCGUGGGUUGUCAACAAUGUGAUGCUUGAGAUGAUGACCCAGCAGGACGAUUCUCAGCCAGUGCCAUCCAGACGCGUGAGAAGGAACUCCGAUGCAAAUCUGCGGAAGAUGAGUCCUCAUGAGAUCUGGCGUGUCAUUGAGCAAAGCAAGGAUACUGGGGUGUCAUACCAAAAGAUUUGUGCUCUGCGAAAAGAUGACCCACAAGGAGGAAUCAGUGAGCAGCUGACGUGGGUUUGGCAGAGAAAAUUGUUGUCAAUGUACAGGCAGUCAUCAAGGCUAAGUUUCUUGAAUGUGAAGAACUUCGCCAUUGUCACGGAUGCCUCAACUCAUAGCAACAAGGACUACCUGAUGAGCCUGGCCUAUGACCCUGUAAAUGGAGUAGGGGCUCACAUGUGCUCAGUUCACGUCAGGUCAACAAAAGUGUUACACCCACAGGAGAUGGAGCUGACACCAGAAGCAGAGCGCUUGGCAGCGAGACGGGAAAUUGAACGGCUUAGCAGCUUGAAGUUCUUGCAAGGCCUUUCGGCCCAGAUAUUCAAGUUGACCGACCUUCGCUCGGAUGAUUUUAAAUUUCCUGAAGUCUUGCUCAAAAUGUUGGAGCUGCAACCAGGCGAUAACUUCUUCUUUGACGACAAUGUCGCAGUGCUGAAUGGAGAGGAGUUUCAAUUAAGUCAAUUACGUCAAUUGUCUGAUUUGCCUUGUUUGCAUUGCAUCAUGGACCAAGGCAAAGUUGGCUGCGCAGCUGCUGCCUUUGUCACUUCCCAAGCUGGCCUCCAAAUCCACUUCACCUUCGACAAGAUUCACCGCCUGUUGAGAGACCUGAAAAACCCAAUCAAAGCAGCUGGCUUGGACUGCCAAUGGUUUCAGGCAUUGAAAGAGAGGAUUGCCAAUGACUUUGGUAUGGAAGGGUGCUCCGACAGGGUGAGUCUGGUUUGGUAG